UUUCUCCCCAAAUCUCGAAGGGAAUCAUUAAGAUCCUUUCGUGAAAUGUGAGACGAGACAUUUUUGUCAAAGCCCAACACACUGUUUCUAUCAGUCAGACGAGCGGAGGGUGAAAUCAACGGGUUAUGAAGCUGCUCCCCCGCAGCAGGAACGGCACCUGACAGACCCAACAACUGACCCGAGAGCGAACGACACCUCUGGACUCUUCGCCAAGCCCGUCAGGGUUCAUAAAGCCAGACGAAUGCCGAGACCGCCCCACAGCAACGGACCCAUCUAUCGCGGCGUCUUCAAGCCGGGAGCGCGCAGGAGGAGGAGGGAGGAGGUCAGAGGAGCCAAGGAGGUGCAGGAGGACGAGAAUACAGCGACAGAGCUUCCCGUUGAUCAGAGAGUGGCAGAAAUAGUGGAGGAUGAGGAGCUGAACAUCACAUAUGACGCUCUGAAUGGCACGCUGAAGUUGCCGCCACCUGAGCAAGAUGACGCGGAAAAGACGGCGGCAAUACAAAGCACCAAAGAGGAGUUGAGCAGUGAAAACCUGGAGCCUGAGCUCAACAGAAUGACCCUGAACACCCCCAACUGUCACGGAGAAAUUCAGGGAUAUACUUUGGAGCAUCAAGAUGAACAGGAGAAAAGAGCACAGAAGCACAACCAGGGAGAAGGCCAAAUCGAGCAACCAUCAUAACCACUCUCUUUAUUUGCUUUUAUCAAAACUGUAUU